AUGAGUAUACCUAGUCAGCAGGUACAGUCGCUGGAUGGACAUACAGGGCCGGUACACGUAGCGCGGUAUAACCAUGGCGCAAAAUAUUGCUUGACCGGCAGCGCUGAUCGGACGAUUCGGCUAUGGAACCCAACGCUGGGCAAGGAGAUCAAGAAGUAUGAGGGUCAUGGGAGAGAGGUACUCGCUCUGGACAUAUCCAGCGAUAAUGCCAAAUUUGCGUCGAGUGGGGGAGACAAGCAAGUCUUUGUCUGGGAUGUAGCAUCCGGCGCUAUCACCCGCAGACUCCAAGGCCACUUUGGCAAGAUCAACGCCGUAGCAUUCAAUAAGGAAGCUACUGUCCUCUGUACAGCCGGAUUUGACGCCAAAAUCAUGAUCUGGGAUAUGAGAGCAGCGUCUCGAGACCCUCUACAGACCCUCAAGGACGCUACCAACUCCAUCACUUCCCUCUCCAUACCCGGCUCUACCAACCCCGAUGCCGUCGGCGCCGAAAUCAUCUCCUCGGCCCUGGACGGCCACGUCCGGACGCACGAUCUGCGUAUGGGAAAAAUGACGGAAGAUCUUAUCGGCUCGCCUGUACAUUGCGUCCUUCCCAGCCCGCAGUCGCCCAAGGACACAUAUAUGACUUCCUCGGCAGAUGGAAAAGUCAGGAUCUUUGAUCGGUCGAAUGGCGGGUUGUUGCAGACGCUCGAGGGGCACAAGGUCGGGGACGGUCGCGUGAGGGCGUGUUGGGGGUACGGCGAGAGUAUAGUACUGGCCGGAGAUGACGAGGGGAAGGUGUGGGCGUGGAACGUGCUAGAUGCGAAACCGCUCUCCGCGAAUCCCCCGGCACCACAUAAAAAGGCAAUCACAUGGCUCGAGCUCAGCCCAAAUGGCAAGCAAAUGAUCACCGCUAGUCUAGACGGUACAGUCAAAGUAUGGGCAAACAAAUAG